UUCAUUUCUAUGAGCGCAAGAUUGCACCAACACGGUCCCUGCUGAUGCCUACGCAAGAUCCAUAAGACUGGUAUCCUUCUCCUCCUGCCUUCUCCUCUCUAUCCUUCGAGCCGUCAUGGGCAAACUCGUGAGACUUGAGCUCUUCAACUUCAAAUCCUACAAAGGCCAUCAUGUCCUCCUCUUUGGCGAUGCCUACUUCACCUCUAUCAUCGGUCCAAAUGGCUCCGGCAAGUCAAACUCCAUGGACGCCAUUUCCUUCGUGCUCGGAAUAAAAUCCACCCACCUGCGAUCCACACAUCUACGAGAACUCGUCUAUCGAGGUAGAGUUUUGCGCAAAUCUACCACCAACGGCGACACGCACACAAACGGCACAAAUGGACACGAGGAAAAUGAAGGGAGUCAACUGAGCGGCACUCAAGAGCGUAACGACCCCAAAUCGGCAUGGGUAAUGGCUGUCUAUGAGGACGAUGCCGGGGAUGAACAAAAGUGGAAACGCACAAUCACCAACCAAGGUGUCUCCGAAUACCGUCUGAACGAGCACGUCGUGACUGCACAACAGUAUAACGAGUCCUUGGAAGAAGAGAACAUUCUCAUCAAGGCGCGCAAUUUUCUGGUCUUUCAGGGUGACGUCGAAGCCAUCGCUAUUCAGAAACCUCAGGACUUGACAAAACUCAUUGAGCAAGUUUCGGGCAGUCUCGAAUACAAAGCAACUUACGAUGAUCUGAAGGCGAAACUGGAUGAGGCUGCGGAGCAACAAGCUUUUCAACUGAAUCGUCGUCGUGGCAUCAACUCCGAGAUCCGACAGUACCAAGAACAAAAACGAGAGGCAGAUAACUUUCAGAAGAAGGCUGCUGAGCGCGACGAUGCAAUCGUGACUCAUGUGUUGUGGAAAUUGUACCAUCUGCAACGGCAAAUCGAAGAAUCAAGUGCAGAGAUUCAGAAACAUCAAAACGACCUCAAAGAAUUUCGACGUGGUAUUGAAAAGUAUGAGCGCAACCUUGAGACGGCCAAGAAAGAUCAUGCGCAAGCGGCACGAGGUGUUGGGAAGGCGGAAAAGGCAAUCAAGGCAAAGGAGAAAGAGAUCGAUGACAAGACUUCGUCUCUGGUGCCAAUUGAUGAACAGAUAGCCGUCUCCAAUAAUCAGCUCACAAAGUAUGCCAACCGUGUCAACGCGAUACAGAAGGAGCGAAGCACCCAAUCUUCAACAGUGGCGCAACUCGAAAAGGACCUGGCUACGGUUGAGAAAGCACAGGCGCAAUGGCAGAAGCAAUGGGAACAGAACGCUAGCCGUCUGGGUGGGCAGCUAAGCGAGGCAGACCUGCAACAGUAUACACGGCUUCGCGAAGAACUCAACAAACGGGCCUCGGCUGACCUGAGCCGAAUCGAGCGACUCAAGAGUGAGCGAGCUCCAAUCGAGGCGACAUACAACAAUCUCAAGAACAGCGUUGACAGUACCGAAUAUAGAUUGAAGUCACUCGACAACGAGUACAACGGUGUGACUGAGCGGAGGGAUGAUGUCAAGGAGGUGGUCCAGGCAACCCAGGCUGAGAUCGACGCGAAGAAGAAAGAACUCCACGCUGCCACGUCUAGGCGACUACAGGCAGCACGCACUCGAACCGAACUCGACGAAAAGCUAGCUGAUGUCGCUAGAAAGUUACUCGAGGCGGAUGACGGGCGUCGAACCAGCGAAAAAGAGAUCAGAAUGAAGGAGACUAUUGCUAUGCUUAAGCGCACUUACCCCGGUGUGAAAGGCCGAGUGCAUGAACUGUGCAAGCCGAAACAGAAGAAGUAUCAAGAAGCUGUCAGCACUGUUCUUGGUCGGCAUUUCGAUGCGGUGGUAGUGGAUACGGAAGCAACGGCCAAACAAUGCAUUGAGUAUCUGCGAGACCAUCGAUCGGGUCAAGCCACAUUCAUUCCUUUGGAUACAAUUCAAGUCAAGGCGCUCAACUCCAAUUUGAAAGGCAUGCACCGAGGCAUGCGACCUGCCAUCGAGACAGUUGACUACGAUCAAUCUGUCUCCCGUGCCAUCUCUUACGCCUGUGGCAAUUCCAUUGUUUGUGAUGAUCUUGCCAUCGCUAAAGAGUUAUGCUAUAAUAGGCGUGUGGAGGCAAAGGCUGUCACGCUAGAUGGCAGUGUCAUUCACAAGGGUGGUCUGAUGACUGGCGGUCGUGGCAGAGAACAGAACACUCGCAGGUGGGAUGACGCUGAAGUUGCAAGGCUUCAUAACCUGAAGGACAAGUUGAUGGAAGAGUUUGCUGCUUUGCCACAAGAGAGAAGCCGUGUUGCAGAAGAGCAAACUCUUCAGACCGAAUUGAGCGGCCUUGAGAGCAGGCUUCGGUUUGCCAAAGAGGAACUGGAUGCUCUCAACAAGAAUCUGCAAAGCAAGAAGCGCGAAAUCGACCAUGUUAAGCAGCAGCUGAACGAGGAGCGUCCGAAGAUGCAGGCUGAACGACGCAAACUCGAGAAGAUCGAUGACGACAUUUCCGAUUAUCAAGAAUCAGUCAACAACGUCGAGAACGAGAUCUUUGCUGACUUCUGCCAACAGCAUGGCUUUGACGACAUUCGAGACUACGAAGCUCGCCAAGGUUCACUUCAGCAAGAAGCAGCGCAAAAGAAACUCGAAUUUGUAACGCAGAAGGGUAGAAUCGAAGGUCAGCUCAGCUUCGAGAGAUCGAGACUCCAAGCAACCGAUGAUCGCCUCGAGUCAUUGAGAGACAGGGAGCAGCGGGAUAAGGAGACCAUUGACGAGUUGAACGAGCAACGCCAGGGCAUUCAGGACGAUCUUGACACCCUGAAGAACGAACUGGACGAACUCCACGCGCAGCUAGAUGAACAGAAAGAGCUUCUUUCUAAUGCCGCAGAGGCUUUGGCCAAAGCAAAACAUGAGGUGCAAAAGAGAAGCAAAGAAAUGGAAAGCACUUUCAGAGCGAUCAGUGCUCUAGAGGGUGAAAUGCAACGCCACUCCUCGACGAGAUACAGUCUACUUCGUCGCUGCAAGAUCGAGAAUAUUGCCAUCCCGCUUGCUGAAGGCUCAGCAACCUUGGAGAGUGUACCCAUCAACGAUUUGCCUCUUGAGGAUGCAGACGCCAUGGACGUCGAUGAAGAUGAUCCGACGUCUUCUGCCCUCAGGGCGCACACAGUCACGGACUAUGGUAUUGAUCCAGAUUUCGAUGCUCUGGAUGACGAACUCAAGGAUGAAGACAAUGAAGCAAUGGAGUCCAAGCUGCUCGAAGACAUCGCCAAAUUGAGUGCCGCUUUGGACAAGAUGCAACCCAACGCUCAUGCCGCACAACGUCUCGCCACUGUGGAAGCUCGUGCUCGCGACACAGAGCAAGAGUAUGAGCAGUCGCGCACGAAGUACCGAGAAAUCAAGGCCAAAUUUGAGGACACCAUGGAAAAACGCAAUGAACUGUUCAACAAAGCCUUCUCCCACAUCUCAGAGCAGAUAGAACCUAUCUACUCGAACCUCACAAAGUCCGACGAGUUUCCAGCAGGUGGGCGAGCAUACCUCACAGCUGAUGAAGAGGAACCAUAUCUUGCUGGAGUCAACUACCACACCAUGCCCCCAACAAAGCGCUUCAGAGACAUGGAACACCUGUCGGGCGGAGAAAAGACGAUGGCUGCUCUGGCACUUCUCUUCGCCAUCCACAGCUACCAGCCUAGCCCAUUCUUUGUGCUUGAUGAGGUGGAUGCAGCGCUUGACAAUGCCAAUGUCGGCAAAUUGGUCAACUAUGUGCGGAAUCAUGCUGGUCCUGGAAUGCAGUUCAUCGUCAUCAGUCUCAAGACAGGUUUCUUCCAGGGCAGUGAGGCUCUUGUCGGCGUAUACAGGGACCAGGGCGCGAAUAGCUCCAAGGUCCUGACACUUGAUCUGCGCAAAUAUUCGGAAUCAUGAAGCUGCGACUUCAGAAACGAGUUUAUGAUCUUCAAAGGAUUCCAUCUUGCAGGUGAUAUGAGGUAUACGCAUCAAUGAGGGACGAAGAUGGCUUUUUGUAUCCCAGAUUUCUAUGUUGGAAAGACAGUUCUUUCGAUGCGCUACUAGCAAGGGUUGCCUCGCCAGGUGUGUACAGCUGAAAUAAUCUAAUCAGAAGCAAGAAGCCAUGAUUGUAUCCAAUUUCGUG